UUUAUAAUUUUAAUUAAUUUAAAUUUUGGAGGUAUAGAAUUUAAAUAAUGAGUGUAAAUCAGCUGACAAUUUGAAAUGAGUGUGAAUGUAGCAGUCAUUUGACAUUUUAUGAAUUUUAAAUAAAUAAAUGAAUAAAAAUUUUUAAAAUUCCCGCUUGUUAGUUACAUUUACACUCAUCGAUAUGAUACUGAAGUUAACUGACGUUUAAUAAUUUUUUAAAUCUAUUUAGAAGGAUAAAUUAUAAAAAAAAACAUAUUUUAAAAAAUAGCACCAGUUUUUUAAAUUUUCUGCAUGUGAAUAUUUUUAGUUUUUCUUUUUUUUUUGUAAUUGAUUCGUUGAAAAAAAAUACGAAAAUUGUUAACUGUCUACUAACUUCGGGAUCAUUCACAAUCGAUUUAUUUGUUCGAUAAUUUAAAAAAUUCCCAACUGUCAGCUACAUUCACUUAUUAAAAUUUAUUAACUGUCUAAUAGCUGCCAUAUCCACACUCAUUUCGAAUACUGUUAUAAAGUUUUCCAUUUUCAAAGAUAUUUGUCGAGGAAUUAGAUCAAAUUUUUAAAUUUUACAAGAGAAUCAAGUUCGUCAUACAAUUAAAAUAGUUAAAGUUGAAUUUUCAAUGAAAAUACCAUAACGAUUCUUGGGGUCUUGAAAAAUAUCCAAAGCUGCCGAGAGUUGGAAAAUGCUGUUCGCUGAAAGAAGUAAUGUCAAAAGACGAGAACGGUAUGGCGAAAUGUAUACCAGCGGAGGCUCAGAAUUACAAAAUUUUCUCGCCCUACUUCAGCGACUUCAACAAAACUGGAGCACUCGCUCCAGGUGACAAAAAGGACAACUUUGUCACAGUGGUUGGCGAUCCAUGUAAGCACAAAAGAUAUAUGUUGGAGCCUGAAAUAUCGAGUGAUGACGAGCAUUAUUUGUUACUCAACGGCUCUAUCUUUAGUCCACAUCAAGUACCCUCGAUGCUGGCAUUGGGAUCCGACUAUUGCAUGGACAUUAUUCCUGACCGGGGUCUGAGGACACUCGUGUGCUUCCAAGAGCAAGAUCAAGUGACCGGCGACUUCCGUCUGACUUUCUACGCCUGCGGUCUUCUUAUUUCAGUGCCCUUUUUAAUUCUAACUAUAAUUGCGUAUUGCAUCACUCCUAAGCUCAUGGAUGUCCAUGGCAAAGCGCUCUGUCACUAUUGUGGAUGUCUAGUUGUUGCUUUUACGACACUGGCUACUGUUCAGCUGGCGAGCGCGCAUCUCAAUGACCAGUUUUGUGUCUCGAUAGCUUUCGUCAUUCAAUUUUCAUUCGUCGCGUGUUUCUUCUGGCUUAAUGUCAUGUGUCUGGAGACGUAUCUUCUGCUACGAAGGUACAUAGACACCGGAAACUGGGCACCGACAAAGCCAAAGAAACUCUUCUUCUAUUACUCUCUGUGGGCUUGGACUCCGCCGGCAAUUCUUAUCAUCAUCUCCAUGGUCGCGAACCUCAGCCCGACGGUGCCUAUUGCCUUCGUGAAACCAAACUUUGGCUCAGAGAGAUGCUGGUUUGAGUCUGACGUUAAUGCGAUGCCGUACUUUUACGUACCGGUGGGUCUUCUGGUGAUCGCUAACGUCGUACUCUUCGCACUGACAGCAGUAGAAAUAACCCGGCACCAACGGGAACUGGACCUCCGACGUCUUCGGGAAAACAGGGAAUCAGGUCGAGAUGAACGUCGAACCCUAAGCUGGCUGAGGCGACUCUUCCUCGUCUGCCUGGCUCUGUUCUUCCUGAUGGGCAUAAAUUGGGCGAUGGAAGUCAUCUCCUGGUGCGCUGGAGGCGAUCCCCUCACGUGGUCUGCCUUCGACUUCGUCAACGCGCUCCAGGGUAUAUUUGUCUUCGGUAUCUUCGUUUUACGCAAACCCAUAAGAUAUCUCGUUUGGUAUCAAGUACAAAAAUUGCGGGGCGUCGAUUCAAAUGAACCGGAAGUCGCAAGUAUGGAUCGUUGUUUACUUACAGUACUAAAUGUUGAAAGAUUUUCCCGCGAAAGGAUUUCUUGAGAUGAUAAAUUAUAUUUUUUAUAAAGACACUAGUGAAAAAUUUUAAUUAUUUAAGUGAUAAUUAUUUAUUUUAAUUAAAUAA